GCGGUACCGUUCUCAGCACUUCUUCAGUCGCAUCGAGCUACUCGUGGAAGGCGCGUCGCGUUGUGCGUGCAUGCAUGCUUGCGUGCGGUUAAACGUGCGUGCAUGUGUGUGCCUAUUAUUGUGGUGUACCCGAAGUGGUCGAGUGUGCAUGUGUGCAGGCUAUAACACGGUGUCGCGCGGUCUCGAUAGUGCAUGUCGUGAUUACUAUAGUCGUCGUCUCGCCUCUCCGUCCAUCGUGAUCACGCCAAAUGCACGAAUCGCGCUUCUCGAGAUCUCGCAGUAACAACACCCGUCGUCGUCGUCGUUGCUGUGUCGUUUGACAGCGCGGCCGAUUCGAAGAACGAAGAGGAAAGGGGAAGUCGCGUCUCGUCCCGCGGUUGAUGACUCUUCGAACGAUCGUGUCGAAUACGCGACGAAGAAGGAGCAAUCCUCGUCCCGUCUCGUCUUGCUGGUGUUUCACUUUUUUUCCUUUCUUCUCGUUUCUUCUCCCCCUCACUUUCGAGACGAUUUACCGGCCCUUUUCGCCCGUUUCCUCUCGGUUUUCUCUUUGUUAUCGGUUAACUUUUCACCAAUCGAACAUUUCACCAACAUGAAAAUAACACAGAGGUAUAGUCACGCGAUUCUGGCACCUGUGUCGAUCGUGAUAUUAUUAUGCGGUUGUACUGAUCUCGUGUCGUCUCGAUCGCCACGUUUCGCCGAACACCCAAAAAACGAUACCGCCUUGGAGUUCGUCGAUUGUGAACGCGCGAAGCCUUUCUUCGAGAGCAAGAAUAUCACGAUCGCGGUUGCGAAGCAAAACACACCGGAGGAUGUGGCCAAAACAACUUGUGCCGGUUUGUGCUGUAACCGGGAGACCGAGGAACAAUUAAGACAUCAGGCCAGAGCAGAUUUUCACGACUUGAUCCAUCAUCAUAGCAGAAGUUUGCAAGGUCUUCUGGCAACGACGGCGGACGCAUUAAGAGAAACAGUAACGAUGCUCGCGAUGCAAUCGGAGAACAAAACCUUAACCCUCUUCGAUCAAGUGUACCGUACAAUGGCGGUGUUGAGCAGACCGUCGAUAAAAGCGUUGUACCAAGCGAUGGUCGACUACGUGUCAGCCAGCAACACGCCGGACACCUUGCAGCAGCCUCUCACACGCGAGAUGCUUCAAGAACGUUUCAUCGAGUUCUUCACGAAACUAUUUCCGAUCGCGUACCACAAAGCCGUGAACCCGGACCAGUACGAGCAAGAUUUCACGGAGAAGUUCAAGACCUGCUUGUACGAGACGAUGGACGAGAUCCAGCCGUUUGGCGAUAUACCGAAACAGGUGUCGAAAUCGGUCAGCAAGAGUCUCGAAGCCACCAGGGUAUUGGUGCAAGCGUUGACUCUCGGCAAAACGGUUCUGGACAGAACCGACAGCGUGCUGUUUUCCGGUACCAGCCCUCAGCAGGAAGCCUGCUACAGCGCGUUGCUAAGGAUGACCUAUUGUCCAAGGUGCAAGGGCAUCGGUCCCUCGGUUAGGCCCUGCAGCGGAUUCUGCACUAAUGUCAUGAGGGGUUGCUUGACGGAACCAGCAUCGGAACUAGACCUCGCAUGGUCCGGUUACGUGGAAACGGUCGAGAGGCUGGUGGUGGCGGUCGAUGGUCGUAACGAUCCGUUGGGCCUGAAUGCCGAGAGGGCUGUCAGACAGUUGGACACCCGCAUUUCGGACGCCAUUAUGCAUGCGAUGGAAAACGGGCCGGCGCUCGUCGAGAAGGUGAGAAAAUUGUGCGGUCGUCCAGAAUUGCAAGCAUCGGAGGGAACCGUUACCGAUGCAACUGCAACGGGGAAGUCGGCGUCGAACAACCUCGAGAUGCACGCAGCUGCAUCGCCGGCAACGCAUAGAACAGUACCGACUCAGUUGCACGUGCAGCUAGGUAAUUUCUUGGCCAGUGUCGUCAGAUCACGAACCUUCUAUGGCACUUUGGCCGACACGAUCUGCGAAGAGUAUCCUGACAAACGAUGCUGGAAUGGCGAACGCGUCGGAGAGUACACGAAGACGGUAGUGGACUCGAGUCUAACGUCGCAGCGGUACAACCCUGAGUUUACGAUAACGACAAUGUCACCGACAACUUCCUACGGCAAUGCGAACACUAGCGUGCUCAUUGACCAAUUGAGGCACAUUAAUCAGAUUUUACAGUCUCAAUUGGCGGCAGCACCCGACAGUGGAAUCCUGCUCGCUGACGAAGCCUUGGAUGGUUCAGGAAGUGGUGACAGGCCAAUUUGGAGGAAGAAUAGCAAAGACGACGUUGACACGGAUGAUGAAGACGUGCAUGGUUACGAUCAUGACGACGAGGAGGCCUCAGGAUCAGGAAUGGGACCUACUACACCGGAUCCAAUGUUGAAUACGAAUCGCGAGAAGCCAAUCACGGCCGGUUCAUCGAACGUUCUUGUGUCGUCGAUCGCGUUGGCGCUCGCACUAGCGGUAGCCGUGAUCGCUUAAGCUUCAUAAAAAAACAGAAAUCGACGUGAGAGAAGGAAAACGACGUUUCGACGAGCCGCAAACCUAGACGUAGACAAACGAGUUUGGAGCCCGCGCGUCAACGAACAGGAUGAUCCUGCUCGACACGAGGGAACGAUCCUCGUUCGGAUCUUACGAAUCUGCUUUAUAGGUAUUUAUCGUGCCGAGAGAUCGUGUCGCCGUGACUCCCGCGAAACAGCUGGAAAUCUGUUUUCGUCGUUCGCGGCUCUGCGAAAAAAAACGCCGUGUGCCGAUCGAUCAGAACGAAGACUGUUUUCGUAAUAGAAUCGUUGAUCGCGAACCGAGAGACAUUUCCUAGGCUAAAAAUAAAGAAAAUCACCGUUAAACCGACCGUAAAGCAGUACGCGUAAAAAUAAAAAAAAAAGAAAGGAAAAUAAAAUCGUUGGAUCGUUUCUUAGCGGCUACGGUGCCUAGCUUUUAACGGCCUAACGACACUUUAUCGUCGGGACUCGUCGACGAAUAGGGGCUUCGUGGAACAACGGGGGAGAGCCUGGCUCUUGUUGGUUGUACAUUUUGUUGCUCGUGAACGAGGAUGGAGAGAAAUUUAUAUAUAGGAGAAAGUAAAAAAAGAUAAAAUGUUCCAGUGACUGCAAAAGUCACCGGGAAGAAAGACCGUAGGAAAUGAUCGUAGAGAAAAAAAAAGGUUUUUGUCGUUUCCUGUUAUCGAAGGAGCCGCACGAUGGUGACUCGACGAAUCGACGGACAAGGAGAGACUGUCUUCUAUGAAAAUUGAAAGUAAUUAGAGAAAAUUUUAGAGGAUGAUCCUCGUAGAGAGCUUGAAUGUUGUGCCGUCUCGUUGGAAGAUCGGAUUCAACGGUACCAGUGAACUUAACUUCAUACCGUUUGUCUAUGUUAUUAGCAGUGACUGAUGAUACGUUGCCAUAUUAACGAAAUAGAGAUAAACAAAAAAUAAUGAAAAC